AUGAAAAAGUGGCUGUAGAAAAAAUUGAAUUAAAACCUUUCAGAUGAUUAAAAUAAGCAUAGACUUACCAGGAAAGAAAGGUAUAUGAGAAAAUAUUUGAAUUCCGAAAAGUGUUAUAAUUAUUGGGAAAUAAUGACCUUCAAUAAUUUAUUUUAAGUAAAUCUAAAUAGAGAUUCAUAAGGAUUUAGUAAAUAAAUAUCCGAAAUCUUUAAAAGUCCUGAAUAAAUCUUUGAUUUUGAAUUGCAAUAAAAAUUAAUGGAAUUAUAUGCGCUCUAAGAGGAAUAAACACCAGUAUUAGCAAUAUUUGCAGUUGGAUUUCAUCAUAAAAGGGGGUCAGAAAUUGAAUACUGUUAUCCUGAAUUGUCAUCAUUAACAAAUGAUAUUGAAAAUAUCAUCAACACAGUGACAGUAUGUGCUUUGCCAGAUGCAGUUCAUAACGCAAAUGAAGACUACUUGUAUUUUAAUUUUGAGGCAUAAAUCAAUGGUCAGACAAAAUAAUUGUUUGGUGUAACCUGCUUCAAAUAGAUUAAAGUGACAGAAGAGUUAAAAAAGUAGAACCCAGAAUUAACAAGAGGACAUAUCUAAAAGGCCAUUUGCCUUUUAUCCUUUGUACCGCUCUUUGGAUAUAUCAAGAGCAGGUUGGAGCCAACAAUAGAGGCUUAUUUUCAAUUAUAGGACUUUAAAGAUAUGUCAAUUUUAAAUUAUGCAUUUGACAGCAUUUAAUAAACCUUUGAUUUAAGGAAUGUGGAGAUCUCAGCUUUAUACACCGAUACUAAUUUGAUAGGAGUGUUUUGGAUUUUCAAAGAUAAAAUACUGAAAAUCCUGAAGGCAAUUUAAUAUCAGAUGAAAAUAAUAAUAUACUCAUAAUCUUCGAGUGUUUGCUCUAGAUUUAUAAUCAGUUUACUUUCACUGAUUCCAGGUUUGUUAAAUUUUAAUUUAUAAACCAAAAAAUCAUUAAUAUAGGUAACCAAUUUUAAUAUUUCAAGGCAAGCUAUUUGAGUAAUUUUGGAUUGCCCUUUAAAAUAUUUAGUGAGACCUAUCGAUUAUUUAUGCAUUUUAGUGUGACUGAUAUCAAUAUGCUGCAAAGUAAAAAUCUUAAAGGGUAUUUGAUUGGGACUACAAACAAAUUUAUCAAGGGUCUCAAUCAAUUGAACCCGGAUAUUAUAAUAGAUGUUGACACUGGAGAAUUAAAUAUCUUAAGAGAAUAGCAUAAGAAAUUAUUAAAGUAAUGUAUAUGUUUAAUUAAGUUUGAAAUUAAUUGAAAAAUAACUAUACAGUGCCAUAAAUACAGAUUGUUUAAAAUAAUUGGAUUUGAACUAAUAGGAUUUGUUAAAGAGAUUGAUUCCUAUUCAAAGUCAGAAGAUAACAUUUCAGGGAAGUGAGGAUUGGAUCAGAAAAAUAAUUCAUGAUCAUUACAUAAAACUGUUAUCAGAAAUUAGCUAUUUUUUUAUCAAUUUAUAAACAUUUGAUGAAAGAAUAAAUAAAUUGACUGCAAUAAGAACAAGAAAGAGUAUGAUAAUUAAAUAAGAAAUAAGUCCAUAAGAUGUAAUAUUAGAAUCUAUAAUAAAAAGAGCUCUGAUGAUGAUGAUAAUGCAUCUUAGGAUUAGUAAAAAUUAGAAAUAAAGAAGCAUAAAGAAGAUUUGGUUAAUGAAUUAAAAAUUAAGGAAUAUCGUAAUCUGCUAUAUGAUUUAAUGAGAGUGAUAAGAAAACAUAAUAGAAAAGGAAUCAUACAUUGGAUUACAAAAACAGAGAACGGACUCAAAUGGCUAAAAUCAUUUGAUUAUUCCAUAAUUACUAAUUCUGAAUGUUUUGAUAAAAAUUCAUCAGUCCCAUUCUACAAAGUAUUUGAAAAUGCUGACAUUUUUAUUGGAAAUAUGUAGUAUGGAGGAAUGAUUGAAUUGUUUUAAAAAAGAGUAUAUUUAGGGUAAAUCCAAGACUUCCUAAGACAUGGUUAGGGAAGAUAUGAAAAAUUAAUGGAUAAGAAAUUUUAAUACAAGGGUCAAUUCAAACAUAAUAAAUUUCAUGGAGAUGGCAUAUUGAUUGUUGUCAAUGAAUUUUAAUAUGAUGGCCAUUUUGAGUAAAUAUUUGUUUGAUUUAGAAAUAAUCAAUUUAAUGGUUAUGGUAAUUUGUAAAAGGAAAAUUAAAUUUAUGAAGGAUGGUUUAAAAAUGGAUGUUAUAGUGGAACUGGAAAAUUGAUAUUGCCCAACAAAGAUGUCUAUGUUGGUUAAUUUACUGAAGGGUUGUUUUAAGGAGAAGGUUAAUAUGUUUGGGCAAAUGGAGAUAUUUAUAAAGGGAUAUACAAAGCAGGAAAGAGACAUGGAAUGGGAAUCUAUUAAAGUAACCAUAAUUUUAUUUAAUUUAUAGCCAAAUCAUACACAUACGAAGGAGAAUGGCUGGAUGACUUAAAGGAUGGCUUUGGAGUGAUUACAUUAUAAGAUAAUAAUUGUAAGUACUAGGGAUAAUUUUCAUAAGAUGAGUUUGUCUUAAAUCAAGAUAUUAUUAUUAAAUUCCCAAAUGACAGCAUUUAUAAAGGUAAAAUAAGAGAUUAAUAAAAAAGGAUAGAUUAAAAACUAUUAGCCUCAUGGGAAGGGUUAUCUAUAAUUUAUAGAUGGAAAAAUACAAGAUGGUAAUUUUAAAGAUGGAAAUUUCAUCAUUGAAGAACAAGUUGAACAAUAAAAUGGAUAGAUUUCUCUCCCUUAAGAUAAUUAAAUUUAAGGAAUUAAUCUUCAAACAGAUUGUUAAAAGUAAUAAGAACAAGACAUUGAUAAAUCAGCCAAUCAAAAUGAGAAAUUGUAAUCAUAAAUUGAUGAUAGUUCAAAUAAAUCAAUAUGA